GAUUGGAUCAGACUAGACUGAUGAUAUUUUGUCAAUUGUCUUGGUGUUGCUUAAUGUAGUGACGUUCCUGUUGCUGGUUCUGAUUUGAUCAGGGCUAUAUUGCUUGACUGUCUUUGCUGUAUCACAAUGAAUUGUUGUUCCUGCCUUAUUAACAGAGUCUGUCUGUACAUGGGUGAGUUAAACUCUGGUUGUUGUUUUGUUGCUGCGUGUCCAGUUAGAAGUUAGUAUAGAGUGGUACGGUGUUACGGUGGCGUCAUGGUACCGAUGCACUUGAUGUCAUAGCAGUUAUAUUGUACAGGAUGUGCUGAUAUGGUACAGACAUUGUGCGUGCGAUUGACCGUCUAUGUGUCUGCAACGUUGCCGCGUAUAGAUGCGUUGUUGACGUGCCUUGUAUCUCCAGGAUGUGUGGCAACGGCCUAGUGUAUACCAAUGCACUUGAUUCAGGCGUACGGAGGGAGCCGUAUUGUGUGUUCCAAUCGGAAAGCUAUCAGCCGCCAGCACGUAUUGUAUUCUGUUUUGAGGUCGAGUUCGCAUGCACACUGCAUACUGUCGGGCCUGGAAAUCUACUCAAUAGACAUGCAAUUUCUCCAUGAAGCUCUAAGUUUUCGUCUCUCACCACGAUCCUUGAGUACUGUGGAGCAGCUUCUUCAUCCAGCCUCUUGUUUUCGUCUUCAGCAGGACUACAAGGCGAAUUGCUACAUAAACAGCAGAGAGAGAGCAUGGGGACGGCCUGCCCCACAUCCCAUGAGGCUGGGGUCAACAGAAAUUCCAAACUUAAGCUGCGGUCGGAGAUCUAUGAUUCUUCUUCAUCGAAAGAAGAAACACCUUUUCUGUCAUCCAUGUCUACAUACAUGCAUGCCUGCAAAAGGAAACAUAAUCUCUGCAUUGUGUUACAUUCAGGAGCAUGCAUUUUAUCCCAGUUUUGUACUUCUGAAUUUUUUUAAUUUUAAAUCAAGGGAUGUAAUUGCAAAUGUUGAACUCCCAAGUAGAAAAUAGACAUAUUGAACUUAAUUUUAACUGAUGUUUCUCUUCAUUA